AGCAGGCGCAGGCGGAAUUUUGACCGUGUCUCGAAAUGGCGGCAUCUAAGGGUGCCAACACCUACAACCGUCAGAACUGGGAAGACUCAUCAUUUCCCAUUCUCUGUGAGACAUGCUUAGGACCAAGUCCCUUCGUUCGAAUGAUGAAAGAGAAAUAUGGCAAGGAGUGUAAAAUUUGUGAUCGCCCUUUCACUGUAUUUCGUUGGUGUCCUGGUCCCAAAGCCAGAUUCAAAAAGACUGAAGUCUGUCAGAGUUGUGCAAAGAUCAAAAAUGUUUGCCAGACCUGUUUGUUCGACCUCGAAUAUGGUCUUCCUGUUGAAGUCCGUGAUAAAGCACUUCGUUUAUCACAACAAUUGCCAAAAAAUGAUGUUAAUCGAGAAUAUUUCCACCAGCAAAUUGAACAGAACCUUGAAGUGGAAGGUGAUAUAACAGCUCCAUAUGGAGGAAAUCAGCUAAUUGGAAAAGCUAUUUCAAACACAGCAUCGGCAAGCAGUUCUAGUGGUGGUGGGGGCACAGAUUUACUUUUAAAGUUAGCCCGUACUGCACCGUAUUAUCGUAGGAAUCGCCCACACAUAUGCUCUUUUUGGGUGAAGGGUGAAUGUAGGAGAGGAGAAGAAUGUCCAUAUAGGCAUGAAAAGCCUACUGAUCCUGAUGAUCCUCUUUCUGACCAGAAUCUAAGAGACCGUUACUACGGUCACGAUGAUCCAGUGGCUGCCAAAUUGCUGUCGAAAUAUGACACGAUGCCUAAACUUAUUCCUCCUGAGGAUCGUACAAUAACCACGCUAUACAUUGGGGGUAUUCCUGAUGGAAUGACGGAAAAAGACCUUCGCAAUCAUUUUUACCAGUUUGGAGAGCUACGUUCUGUUAAUCUCCAUGCCAAACAACAUUGUGCUUUCAUACAGUUCGCAACUAGAGGUGCUGCUGAGCGUGCAGCUGAGCGGACUUAUGACCGAUUAAUUUUGGGUGGUCAUAGACUAACAGUCAAUUGGGGGAAAUCACCAGCAGCUUUGGCGGCUGCCAACUCUCAUUCAUCAACCGAAACUGGUGAUAUAAGUCUACCUCCUGUUCCUGGCCUGCCUUUACCACCUGUUUUGCCGCCUACCAACUUACUAAAUAAAGCUAUGACUAUCGGUCUUAGCGGGAAUUUCUUUAUGACACCUCCACCACCACCACCUCCCCCACCGCCUCCUACUACCAAGUCACUAAUAGGUUCCAAUUCCGAUCAUGUGUCCAGUAGUAGGAUGCCACUUAUUCCACCUCCAAUUCAACUUGCACCACCAGUUGCUGAGCCACCACCUCCUGGAGAAUUGUUCUUACGAGGUCCACCGCCUCCACCUUUGCCUCAUUUCACCGUUCGUCCUACAAGCUUAUUACGAAACCCUCCACCGCCAGCACCUCCUACCCUACGCGAUUCAAGCUCAUCGUCUUUGUUGCCUAUGCCUCCCCCUCCGCCACCACCGCCGCCCCCACCUCCUCCUCUUAAGUCACAACUCAGCACAGCAACAUCUUCAACAUUGAAUGAAUCAAAGUCUAGUAAAAACACACCAGCUGAUGAUGAUCCAUUGGGUAUUCAUUAUCCAAGCCAAAAUCCUCAACGUUUGGGUAGUGUACCACACACUGAACAACAUGAUUGAAAAUGUAUACUUUUUGCUGAAUAUAAAUCAUCUGUCUUUUAUAACCACUCAAAGUCUUAUUUUAUAUAUUGUAUUGGGAUUAAUGAUCACUUUUUAGUAUGUGAUCUGAAUUGCUUCGUCAGGUUUGCGGGUAAAAAUACAUUUGUCUGUACUACAUAAA